AAAACAUUCUGAACACAUCACAUACCGGAAACGUCCUGACCAAGAAACAGAUAAAGAUAGAAUUUACGAAUUUUUACAUUUCUAAUGGAAAGAAAAAGAAACGGACAUAUGUCAGGAAACAAAACAGUGAAGAACGACUCUAAGAAGAAGUCUAGUUCUGCUGUUCCUCGCAACCCUUACAGCACAGGCAAGCUGGAAAAGAGUAUCUAUGAAAGAACUAAAAAGUUCACUGUGUACAACCCCAGCACGAAGCCCAUGCAGUAUAAUAGUCUGCACGAUUCUCACCUGAAGCACUUUUAUCAGUGUAGGAAGAAACAGCGCCUGAUGAAACUGGGGCUCAUCACAAACGAUAACAAGAUGUCAGGAAACAAAACAAUGAAGAACGACUCUAAGAAGAAGUCUAGUUCUGCUGUUCCUCGCAACACUUACAGCAGAGGCAAGCUGGGAGAGAGUAUCUAUGAAAGAACUAAAGAGUUCACUCUGGACGACCCCAACAUAAAGCUCAUGAACAUGGAGUAUAAUAGUCUGCACGAUCCUCACCUGAAGCACUUUUUUAAUCAGCAAGGGAAGAAACAGCGCCUGAUGAAACUGGGACUCAUCACAAAAGAUAACAAGGUGCUGUGUACUCUGAAGGAGUUCAGGGAGUACAUGCGCUACAGAGAGGCUUUUCACUUGAGCUGUGAGAAGCAUUUGCUUGAGCAACAGAAGCGGCUCCUGAAACAGUUCAUGAUGCUGAAACAGAAAGGUGAAAUCCCAGACAGGAUGAGCAUUUCAGACAUGAGCGACUGCCUGAUACGUAAAGGGAUGGGCACCUUCAGGAAAAUGCACAAACAAAACAUUAAACCUGGCAGCAAUCCAUAUUAUGAUGAAGUGUUGUGGAAGGUAAGGCAGAGACUCCAGCUGGAAAAAAUGGAGAAGGAAGUGAUAAGAGAACUCCGACUUGAACGCAGAUUCCAACAGGAUAAAAAGACUGCAUUGAAAAAACCUGUGAGGACUGCAUGGACUUCAAAGGUCCGCUCUUCCUCCUCGACUUUUCCACGUCCUGCACUACAAACUAUAUACGAGGAAAUGGUCGAGCCGUCCCCGAAAUUUCCUCGCCACAGAUUUUCUGCUGGAUCGACUGGAUUAGUUGGAGUAAUCAAUAAGGUCACCAGUAAGUCACCUGGGAAAUCUGCAGAUGUGCUGGCACAAAAAAGUCUCUUGAGCAGCAUCAAGUCUUCUGGCUCUUCAUCUCUCUUAUCAGCUCAGAGUCCUAAAAGCCCCAAAGAUCAGAUUCAGAUGGCAGUCCUGGAGGAGUUGAAUAAGUUUGUAGCGGAAAUUUCAACACUUAGCCUCAUGUUGGAUUCUAAGGAUAGCAGAAACCCUUCAAUGAAAGACUCUGAACUUGAGAAGGACACAGAGGUGAUUACUUCGGAUGACCCAGUUGUCCAACCCUCGACUUCACAAGUUGAGUCUUCAUCUGUUCAUCCUCAUAUUAGUGAGAACAUCAUGAAGUUGGCUAUGGACAGGGUGAUGUCACUUCUGCCCCAGACUAAGGCAGCUUUACCAUCUGGGAGCUCUGAAGCUUUAGAAACUGAAACUGAUACUCUUGAAUCUAAAAAUCCCAAGAGUGCUGUGUUAUUAGAGAUGAUGGUGAAGGACAUGGUGGAGGAGUGGGUUCAGUUUGAGACUCGACAGAAAAUGUCCUCUAGAGAUGAGGUACAGCCUAGGAGCUGCCAGUCUCCACAUUCUGAUAAUCAGCUUUCUUGCAAGGUUCCAAGUGACCUGUCAUCAGACGUCACAACUGAAAGCUCGUACUGCCCCUCAGAAAUCAACCUCGCUUAUAAUCUUGUAAGAGCUGCACUGGACAGAGUAUCACUAGUGAUCUCUGAGAAAAAGCCACUGUUCUGUGAGAAGAAAUCAGACAAGUCCUCCAGUGGGUCACGUUCAUCCUCCAGUAGUUCUGAUGAAUCAGAUGAAAGUACAAAUGACAACAGUAAGCCUGUCAGUCUACAUGGGGGAAAACUUCCAUGCCAUUUACAUUUAGAGAGAAAGCGAGUCCUCUAUGAAGCCCUAUGUGGAAUUCAGCAAAAAAUAGCAAGAGGGGAUUUUUCUGACUGGACGGAGCCGACUGUUUCACCCGAAAAUGCGGGGACGAUCAUGGAUCUGAUCACUGAGAUAAUGAAAGUCAGCACUAGGGAAGAAGACAUCAGUGAUGUGAUGACAUCAGAAAAUACUCCAACUGGUGGAAAACAAAAAAAGAAGACGCCGCCAAAAGGUGACUUCUUUCAAAGAACCUGGAAGACCGUGAAGCAACUUUUCAGUUCUGGAAGGAGAGCCAGCAAAGUCCAUCCAAUUAGCUAACCUCCUUAAAGUUAUAACCCAAAGUUAAGCAGUGCUCUUCUGAUUGGCGAAGGAAACAGCAUUCUCGUAAUUGGCUUAUAAAGCAGCGGCCUUCUGAUUGGUUAAAGAAGCAGUGCUCUUCUGAUUAGUUAAAGGAGAAGUUCACUUCCAGAACUUCCAGGUCAUCCAAGAUGAUCAUGUCUUUCUUUCUUCAGUCGUAAAGAAAUUAUGUUUUUUAUGGAAAACAUUUCAGGAUUUUUCUCUAUAUAGUGGACUUCAAUGGUGCCCAUAAGUUUAGACUUCCAAAAUGCUGUUUAAAUGCUGUUUAAAUACAGCAAAGUGCUGUAAACUAUCCCAGCCGAGGAAGAAGGGUCUAAUCUAGCGAAACGAUCUCACCUUCUCCACACUUGUAAACACUGGGUCUGUAGUUCCGCCUACAUCACGCGUGACCUUUUGACAUGAUUACGUAGUACGUAGCGUCGUGGGCACACAUCCCAGAGCUAGUGCUAGACAAUCUUUAAUAGAUUAAAAAGUAUACAAUUUUUAAAGAAAAUGACCGAUCGUUUCGCUAGACCCUUCAAGAUCCUUUUUCCUCGACUGGGAUCGUUUAGAGCUGCAUUUAAACUGCGUUUUGGAAGUUCAAACUCUCGGGCACCAUAGAAGUCCACUAUAUGGAGGAAGAUCCUGAAAUGUUUUCCUCAAAAAACAAUCUCUUUAUGACUGAAGAAAGAAAUACAUGAACAUCUUGGAUGACAAGGGGGUGAGGAAAUUUGUACAUUUUUGUACAUUUUUGUUCUGGAAGUGAACUACUUUAAGGAACUAGCACACUUCUUAUUGGUUAAUGAAGCAGCACACUUCUUAUUGGUUAAAGAGGAAGUGCUCUUCUGCUUAGUUAAGCAGCACCACUCUGAUUAGAAGACUACUAAUUUAGAAACACAGGAUCUGAUGUGACCCAGAUGAAAAUGGGUUCUCUUUUGAGUCUUUUGUGUGUUUCCUUGCCACCAUCACCUCUGGCCUGCUCAGUGGGGUUAUAAACUUUCAGAUUCAUACAGCUGCAUUAUAUUAAUGUUUACUGUUGAAAGCAUACACUAUUAAAAUUUAAAAAAAUGUAAUUCAGUAAAAAAAGCUGUUUUCAUUCUUUAUUUCCACAGAUCCACUUGUGUUAUCUGAUAGGUUAUGUCAAAUAAGUUUAUUAUUUCUUCACUUCUUAAAGAAGCUUU